AUGAAUUUUAAAUUGAUCUGUUCCAAAAUCAAAAAACGUCUCCUGUUGCCGUUCCAGGAUCUAAAUGAUUUGGAAAGACUAGUUCAGAGUAUCCGAUUACUUUCAAGUAUAAUGCUUAUUAUCUUCGGAUUGAUUAUUACCACUGUACCGUAUUACAAACCACAAAGUAUAUAUAUAGGACGAUUGAGUACAUUAAAGGCUGAUAUCGCAAAGGGGGUCUUCACUGUAUUGAAGCAAAGUAUUGAAUCCAGUGGAACCACAGAUACAACUAAUGGGGUCGGUUUAACAACGUCUGAAAUUUUGGUUUUGACCUCUUAUACCUUCGAAGAAGUUCAUGGCGUGCCUGCAUACAUUCUUGUCACUCUCUAUGGUAGUUGUGAUGUGAAAUAUAGUGAUAGUAACGAUGAUGGUAGCAGUAAUAGCAGUAGUAGUAGUGCUACUACCACUACUACUACAGAGGACUAUAGUCCAAUUUCACUAAAUGCUUGGGAUGCUAAGAAUAGCACAAAAUUGGUGUUUGAUUGUACAUAUCAAGGACCCGAUUAUCUUUUUGAUUAUAAAACUACUCUUUCUAGUGUGGGAUUGGAUAUCGUUUUAGAAUAUGCCUAUGGUUCAUAUUCUACAGGUAGAAAUAAUGGGAAACCAUCUUAUGAUUUCUAUAUGCAGCGCCUGUCAAUGUUGAAACAACAUGUAUUAAAGCUUUUUUUCGCGGUAUUGGGUGUUCAAGUUAUUUUCAUAUUUUUAUCAUUGUGGUAUUAUUAUAUAAAGGGUAGAAGACUAAACGAGUUUCCAGAAAAGUUUCUUUUACACUUACUUUCAUUUUUAUCGUUAUUUGUAUUUAUUGCCGGUAUGAUUAGUACAAUAUGUUUACUUUGGAUUAACUAUUCAAUGCAAAGAAAAAUCACAAAAGAACUACAAGCCUUUGGAUUUUCCUACCAUAUAGGGGUUGGUUGGGUCACAUGUAUGAUAUUCUGGGUUUUCUUUUCUGGUGUAUCAUGUCUUGUUUGGUCUGGUUUAGAGUGGUGUGUUACUUCAAAUAAUUCUUCGAUAGAUGAUUAUGAAGAUGAGAUUCUUGUUAAUUCACACCAAAUAAAUAAAUUUACUGACAAUAACAACGAUAAUGAUUUGGAGUUGAAAGACAAACAAAGUGGUAGUUUAAGAGUUUUAUCCAUUGAUAGGAAUAUCGAUGAUUCCAAUAUGUCAAUUUCAUCUGUUUCCGCAUUUGUUUCAAAUUCUGAUAUCAAUAGGAGUAACAAUAGGACACAACAGAGGUACAUGAAUAGUACUGCGAACAACGACGAUACCGAUGAAAAUGAUAACGGUUUUACAUAUGAACUGCAAAGUAUUGAAUUUAGAUCUAGUGAUGAUUCUGACUUUCAACGACAUAAUUUCAGUGGGUUUAAUAGUGAUGAUGCAUAUGAUGAGGACCAUUACAGCAUUCAAAGGAUGGUUAUCCCAUCCUCUUCUAUUCAAUUUUAA